UUGCUUCGCUGGCUCAAAGACCGCAAAAGAAUACAUAACACGCUGCCCAAGCAUUUCGAUGAAUGCCUAUACACUCCCUUCACAUACAAAGACUGGCGGAGUGACUCUGAGGAUGACGGGAAAAAACUUAUAAGAUUAGCAGAUGAUGGAGGAGAGAUCGAGUUCGGCAAAAAUAGUGAUGUUUUUGUUUUCGAAUAUGGCGUGGUAAUCAUGUGGGGCUUCACAGUUAAGGAGGAACAGGCAUUUCUCGAGGACUUGGCUCGAUUCGAAAGUGAAAAGCUAUCUUCGGAAGAUAUUCAAGUCGAAGAAUUUAAUUACUACAUCACCACGUCUUACCAGCCACGAAUUUACAACGACUUCAUCACCCUCCGGGAUGACUCGAAUUACAUGCUUAAACUAUCAAUCUCACAUGCAUUAGCACAGUCGGUGAAAAUCUCCCUCUUCGAAGAGUUGGUGGACAACACCAUCGAAGAUACACAGGAUAUCCCACAGCAGAUUGCUCAUACGGGUAAAGUGGAGAUGACAAGAGAUGAAACCAUGAAGUCCAUCGGUGAGUUAUUCAUUCUACGCAUAAAUAUCAAUCUUCACGGAUCAGUGCUUGAUUCGCCUGAAUUGAUGUGGGCAGAACCGCAUUUAGAGCCGAUAUACCAGGCUGCUAGAGGAUACUUGGAAAUCAAUCAGCGGGUGGAGCUUCUCAACCAGAGAUUGGAGGUGAUUUCUGACUUGCUACAGAUGCUUAAAGAACAGUUGGGCCACUCACACGAAGAAAGCUUGGAGUUCAUUGUGGUUGUUCUUGUUUGCAUCGAGGUAUUGGUCAGUGUGGUCAACAUUGUCAUAGACAUUCUUACGUAUUAA